UCUUUGCAGUCCUGAAACAGCACCUGACACGCCGUCCAUUGAAUACGACGAGAUCUGUACGCCCAAGACCAGGCUGAGGACCCAGAAAAACAAGAGCGAAAUGUCACAUGACGAACCAGAGCGCGUGCAGCCGGCGCAGAGAAAGACUGACAAGUAUGUGCCCCCCUGCCUGAGGGACGGUGGCACGCGCAGAGCUGACGACAACACCACUAUCCGCGUGACCAACCUGUCCGAGGACGCCUGCGAGACUGGACUGCAGGAGCUCUUCAGACCCUACGGCUCUAUCUCCAGAAUCUAUCUGGCCAAAGACAAGAACACCGGGCAGUCCAAGGGCUUCGCGUUCAUCCGUUUCCACCGUCGUGAGGAUGCGGCCAGAGCCAUCGCAGGCGUGUCAGGAUUCGGAUACGAUCAUCUUAUUCUCAAUGUUGAAUGGGCCAAACCAUCAAACAAAUGAACUUUUUACCACAUUUUAUCACCGUGCUAAAAUAUGGCUGUUACCUUAAUAAAAGAGAAUUUCAUCA